AUGCCACGACGCUCGGUCGUCCUCGAGCUGCUCGCCGCGGCUUGCGGCGCCGCCCUCUUCCUGCUCGCGCCCGCACUCGCAGCUCCCCUGCCCACGGCCUCGAGCAUCUCGAGCGUCUGCUCCCUCGUCCAGCUAGACGGGCACGUCCUCGACGAGCCUUCUCGCGCAGAGUGCGAGCACCUCUUGUCCAACUCGGACCUCGGCGCUUUCGUCGACGCGUGGGCAACGGCUGAAGCAGCUGCCGACGACCUACAUGGCGUCCUCGUGCAGGAACUGCGGCGCCGAAAUCUCGUCGACGAGGUCUGCGAGACGCUCACCGACGCCAACUCGACCCUGAACAUCGUGAGCGAGAACGAGCCGGUCGGCGUCGACUACAAGGGCAACGGCCUCCUCGACGGCAUCGCGCUCUCGAUCAACCCGUCCAUCUUGUCAGGCAUCUUUCAGACGACUACGCGCACGCGGGCGAGCGCCACGCCGGCGCCAACGACGACCGCUCGAGCUAUCGCUCUCGAGGGGCAAGGUCUGCUCGACGGCGUCGACAUCACCCUCGACCCGUCGAUCCUUCGAGACCUCGCCAACGCGCCAAGCCUGCUCAAAAGCCUGCCCAUCCCGUCACGGACAGCCUCGGCGAAAGGUGCGAGCGAGACGGGCGGCUGCGAGGCUUCCUGA